AUGUCCAGCAUCACAGUCUCCAAUACCUCGCACACCACCUCUCUUUGUGCUGCCGGUUUCCCCAACGGCAUAGACAACCUGGUGUUUGACUUCCGCACCAACAACAACACGGUCCCCGGCAAUCUGCCCAAGCUCGCCAAGAUCUUUCACCGAGGGCUAGGCAGCCUACCCUCCAUCAUCCUCACAUACCUCACCCCCUCCUCCUCCAGGUUCGGUUGA